AUGAAGGAGCUGGUGGAAAUGUGGCUGCUGUCGCUGUUUGUCAUGAGCUCUGUGAGGUGCGUUGCUAUAAAGGAUCCUUUGUCGGUUCAAGGAACGGAAGCAAGCCAGUCCACGAAACCUGUCAACAAGUUGUUACUGGAAAACGUUCAUGACUCGCCUCAGCUCACUCAGCUUCUGCAGCACAUCGUAGAGAAUUUUUUGAAGAAGUGUGAUCUUUGGCUGCUGUACUCGCCUGGUGAGGCUCUGGGUGUCCCAUUUGCUGCUGUCCUACAGCUGCAGGGACUACCAAUUCGCGUGGUGACCCUGGAGGCGUCUGGAGAAGGCGUGGAAGUGCCUGAGGCCACAGUAACUUCUGGAUCUGCUUGCUCUGCCUACAUCAUCUUCGGAUACAGCCCUGAGUUCCUCCGCUCGCUGGUCGAGUCGUCUGGAUUCGAGUCACAGCUUCACUACCUGGGUCGCUUCAUCUUCGUGACGGGAGCUGCGGCGGGGGCGGCGCGGCUCAUCCUAGAUAACCCAGUCAUGGCAUGGCGACCCCACGCCCUUGUCAUUAGAGAAUUUCGAGAAGCGAGUGGCGUGAGUUAUGAGGUAUGGAGUCAUAAGGUGUUCCGGCGAGACGUGGAGGAGGGCGUGCGCCUGGUGGAGAGGUGGCGGAAGGGCGAGGCUCAGUGGGGCGCCAACCUCUUCCCCGACAAGCUCAAUAACUUCGGCGGUAAUGAGUUGCGGGCGCUCACCUUCCACUACCCACCGUCCAUCGUGGAGUCCAAGGCCGCAGAGGGGACGCAGAAGUUCGACGGUGUGGAGAUCAGGUUGAUGGAGACGUUGGCCGAGGCUCUCAACUUCCGACUGAAUCUGGCCAACCCCUCGGACGGGCGCAUGUGGUACGGUAUCUUCGACGACCUACAGCACCGCCGAGCCUUCAUGGGCGCCGCCAACUUUUUCGUCACCACCAGCGCUCUACAGGUGGUGGACAUGACGGUGCAGCAUGACGUGGAGCCCGGUUGCUUUAUCACGCCGCUUCCCGCCCCGCUGCCCCGCCUCGUCGCCCUCGUCUAUCCAUUCACUCCCACGGUGUGGCUGGUGACGGUUGCCUCGCUGGUGUGCGGCACACUGAUGCUGUAUGGCGUGUCCUUGGCGGCGCACCACUUGUCGCGCCGCAAUCUCUGGUCGCCCCUCACCUACGCAGACUCUCUUCUGUAUGGCGUGGGCAUAUUCGUCGCUGUUGGCAUGCCGAAUGUGCCGCGGGGCAACGCCACGCGGAGUUACUUCAUCAUGUGGGUGUGGUACGGGCUGCUGCUCACCGCUGUGUACCGCUCCUCCCUCACUGCCUUCCUCACCAUCCCUCUCGCCCAGACGCCCAUCGACACGCUGCACCAACUGGAGGCGUCGGACAUCCCAGCCGUGGGCUCCGUGGGCACCAAUUUCCUGAGGCAGCUGGAGGCGAGCAGCGACCCGGUGGUGCGGCGCCUGGCCAACCGAUACCAGGACGUCAGCACUCCCGAGGAAGGACUUGUGCUCACCGCCAAAAGAAAGUACGCCCUCAUGGAGAACCGCCACUUCCUUGACCACGCUAUCGCCGCCAACUUCACCAACAGACUGGGCGAGGAGACGCUUCAUGUGAUGCAGGAGUGUUUUCAGGCUUACAGGAUCGCACUUGUGAUGCCCAAAAAGUCUCCCUACAAGCCUAACUUCGACGCCGUGGUGGUGCGGGUAGUGGAGGGUGGUCUGGUGAGUCGAGGCCUAAAGUCCACAAGCACCUCCUGAAUCCUAGGACGAUGGCACCUCAAGAAACCUCGCGCUAUAAUGGGAAAAUAAGUAAAAUAGAUAAAUAAAUAAAUAAAUAAACGAAUAUAUAUAAAUCACUAGGUCUAACAGUAACUAAAACCUAAACAAUGUUAGUUACUGAUAUGUUUUGCUAGGUACACGAAACGCUACUCGCUUGUUUGUUUACUUUCCUUCCCCCCCCCAAAAAAAAAAACAUUAAUUUUCACUCGUGCAGGUGAAGCACUGGAACGAGGACAUCCUGCGCAGGAGCCGCCGGGUGAGCAAUGAAGAGCCUGAAAACACCGGCAACGAACGUCAGUUUACUGUGGACGACUUGCAGGUGCCGGCAAAAGGACAAGGGGAGAGGGGGGUUGUUGCCACUUGCAUUCAGGGUUUAUUAAGAGCUCGAACACGUGUUCUUAUGCAGUGGAGACUGUUGAGUACUCCGUGGAUCCAUAAUGCGGAAAUAAGCGACAAUUAUAUUACAUCAGUUCAUCUCU